AUGGCUUUCCAGAUGGAUCGACACCACCAAGAGCAGAGGAUCCAGGCAGCUAGGCAUCAGUUUGAGUUCGAGAUCAAUAAACCAUUAUUGAACUAUAUAAAAGAGAACCGAGAUCUCUUGGAAGAUCUAGGAUAUCUAGCGAGAAGGGAACUCAUUAAGGCUAAAGUGAGAAAUGUCAAUAGUGUUCCCACUGUUCCAACAUCUGCCUUGACUGUUCCAGCAGAGAGUGAGAAUGUUGUUGUCCCAGCAGAUGUUCCAACUGUUCCAGCCGAUAGUGUUGAAUUACUCGGUCGAGGUCAUCGAACCAAAUUUCCAUCAACUCGUCUAGAUGGUUUUGUCACCUCAGAUGUUUCUGGUUGUUCUCGUCGUAGCUAUCUUGCAGCAGUACUAGCUGCUGAUACAACUACGACACAUCUACCGUCUACCUCAUUAUAUCCCAUUGAUCAUUAUCUCGAUCAUGGGAUGGGAAGUUCUCUACGGGUCAUCGGGCUUUUCUUACUUCUCUUUCAGCUGAUCAGGGCGCAGCAUUCAUUUCCAGAAGCGGUCCAAGAUGAUCGUUGGUGUGUUGCUAUGAGGGACGAGAUUAAUGCUCUUGAAAGGAAUGGAACUUGGAAGUUGGAAUCUUUACCAGUUGGAAAGAAAGCGAUAGGUUGUAAAUGGGUUUUUCAAAUCAAGCACAAAGCUGAUGGAUCGAUUGAGCGGCUCUUGCUGCUUGUGCUUGUUCUGCGCAUUCUCUAA